AAACUUGUCAAUACAGGUUCUUAUUCUUCUCUUUUCCAAAACCUUCGAGAGUUUCACAAAACCCUACCUGGGCGGGGAUGGUUGGCGGCAGUUGGGGCUUGAUCCGGCGACAGCCUCUCUUUUCCGGCGAAACCUACCUUUCUAGGCGGCGCCUUCUAGUUCAGUUAUGGGCCUGCACAUCUAAACGGGGUAUCAGCACAGAAAAUGUGGCUGAGUUCUCAGCACAACCUAAAAUGCUUUCUCAGCCUAAGCAAAUGGCUGUUGCCUGCACUGGACCUUUCUGGUCACGCUACAACAGAGUAAUUGCACAGACCUUACCUAGGCAGGUGACAUUGAAUCGCUCAGUCCUCAAUUCUCAGCAAUAUGCAAUCUCAUCAUCAGCAUCCCCCGAAACCAAUGAGAAAGAGACAAACCAAGCUGGGGAAGGCCAUGCAGCUACUGUAGAAAAAAAUAAUGCUUCUACAAAUGGAGAGGCAGAAGAGACAAGUGCUGAUAACAAAGGUCCAUAUAAAACAGAAGAUGCAGGUUCUGAUUCGGAACUGAAAACUCCUACCUCUCAAUAUGUCAGGAGGAGGAGGAAGAAGGGUACUAAACGAACUGCGUUUUCUGAUUCAGAGACGGAAGAUGAACUUUCUGUUGAUGAUCUGGUAAAGCUUGUUGCGGAGAAAGAAGAAUUGAUGCAGAUUAAAACCAAGGAGAUAGAGAAAAUGCAAGAUAAAGUUCUACGUACUUAUGCAGAAAUGGAAAAUGUUAUGGAUAGGACGAAACGUGAAGCAGAGAACUCCAAAAAAUUUGCUAUUCAAAACUUUGCCAAGAGCCUGUUAGAUGUUGCAGACAAUUUGGGAAGGGCUUCAUCUGUUGUUAAAGAUAGCUUCUUGAAAAUUGAUGCAUCCAAGGACACAGUUGGAGCCAUGCCACUUCUAAAAACGCUUCUGGAAGGUGUGGAAAUGACUGAUAAACAGCUUGCAGAGGUGUUUAGAAAGUUUGGUCUGGAGAAAUAUGAUCCGGUGGAUGAGCCGUUUGAUCCAAAUAGGCAUAAUGCAGUCUUCCAAAUGCCUGAUGAUUCUAAGCCUCCUGGCACAGUUGCUACCGUCCUGAAGUCGGGGUACAUGCUGCAUGAACGAGUUAUUAGGCCAGCAGAGGUUGGUGUUACCCAAGCUUCAGAGAACAAUAAAAAUGAAGAAGAAUAAAGUUCAGGGGCUUGAAGAAUUGAAAGAACAGGUUUAUGGUAGCCAGUUUUGCCGUCUCAUAGAGAGAAUCUGUACACUUUGCCAAAAGAGAGAGAGAGAGAGACUAGUCAUUUUCCUUUUCUGUUUUCAUUCUAUAUGGCCAGUGAGUAAUAGAGAGAGUAAGAGAUUUGUUAAUUACUCCCUUUAUAAUACGGGUCAAGAUUUUCCUUUUACCGUUAUCAAUAUUCAUCCCAGGGUGUUGACAGUAUCAUCGUGGCAAAGGGAAACUCUGUCUGUCUAGGGAGGAAAAGUUUCUUCAGAAAUAAUAUUGAUAAUGUUUAUUGUUUAUUGAAUAUUGAUCGACUUAAGAGUUGAA